AUGGAACAGACCACAUACCUCUUCACCUUCGGCGACUCAUACACGCAGACGGAUUUCGAUCCAUCAGGGACGAAACCCUCUCUCUCGAACCCAAUGGGGAAUCCAAAGCUGGGAACCUGUACAUCCUCCGGAGGAAUAAACUGGGUAGGAUACCUAGUCACCUCGAACCCGGGCAUCCUCUCCUUCAACCUCGCCGCUGGAGGGGCCACAAUCGACAAGGCCAUGAUACACAGCGAUGCAAGGGAUCUAGUAUCGCAGAUUAAUCUGUUCGGGGAGCAUUACUGUCCUCGUGACGGAGGAAAGGCAGUUCCCUGGACGUCUGAAAAUGCGGUGUUUGGCAUCUGGAUUGGGAUUAACGAGUACGAACCUACCGUAUAUUCCAAUGAUUUAUAUUUUAAUGAUAGUGUCGGCCUCUCAUUCGAAGGAAAAACCCCACCAAUCCAAUCUUUGAUGAAUCGCUACGCGGCGCAAAUGGAAAGAUUAUACGACGAAGGCGCCCGUCGCUUUCUUUUCCUCAACGUCCCGCCUACGAGUCGUAGCCCUUUGAUCGGAUUACAAGGGAGUCAGGUUGAGAACAGACAUGCAGAGUGGGUGAAAGCAUUCAACGAUGCUCUCGGCCAAAUGGUACGUGCUGUUCUCUAUGAUACGUGGAGUUUUAUGACUGCUAUCCUGGACGAUCCGGAGAAGUACGGCUUCGAGAACAGUGAAGAUGGGGCAGAGCAGAUCUGGUGGAACGAUUAUCAUCCCUCGUCGAGGUACCAUCGGUUACAGGUGGAAGAUAUGGGGGACGUUAUAAACAUGAUUUAGGUACUAGUUGGUUCUAGUUAUAGAUAGUUAUACUACAUAGACUUGACUCUUUUGAGCUCCCUUCCCGUCCAUUCCCAUAACUGGCGUGCUAGCUCGGCGUCAUUGAACGUCCGCUGCAUCGUGGGCAGCAGCAGGUUGAUGAGGAGCGCAUGGCUUAGAUAGUUGGUUCCGAAAUGGACCUUGUAGCCGUCUCCUGUUGUGGCCUUAGCCAUAGCUUAGCCAUAGCUUACGAGUAACCAUCAACCCCUCUCUUCCACUCCCCCAAGUCCUUAUAUCACGAAUCCAGCCAUAUUUGCCGAAAAUACGAGUCACAGUGACUCCGUUCUCCGAUUCUGCAAGGAUUUGAACCAGCGAUGAAACGCGGUUCCCGAGGGCUGACUCAACCCAUUGUGAGUACCACCACCAGUCAGGAUAGCUGGGACGGGAAUUGGAUCAAGCUCGAGUAAGCUGAC